UCCCCGCAGAGUAAAAGUCACGUUGGAAGGAAAAGGGGAGAGACAUAUCUACUUACAGCUGCUGUCAGAUAUCCGAUCGCAUUCGCAUGGCGAGGAAGUAACCUGAUCAAGCUGGGAGGAGUGACUUUACAAGGGAAGGCUUGAACAAAAAAAAAAUGUCUUCUUCUUCUGCCGGAGUAGUCACAACAGCAAAUGACAUCAAGAGGGAAAAUGUGAAGGAGGUGGAUACGCGGGAGUGCAUCAAGCUUGUGGGGCUGGACGCGGCGGAGUUGUCCAUGGAGCGCACGACUCCCAACACGGACGCGGUGCGCACGGAGCUUCUUGUGAGCGCCGCUUCCUCCCUGGCUUUCUCUCCGGAGCAAGUGGCGUGCGUCUGCGAGGCGCUCCAGCAGGGAGGCAAUGUGGACCGGCUGGCCAGGUUCCUGUGGUCCCUGCCACAGAGUGACCUGCUCCGCGGCAACGAAAGCAUCCUGAAAGCCCAAGCCCUCGUCGCGUUCCACCAGGCUCGGUAUCAGGAGCUGUACAGUAUUCUGGAAAACCACAGUUUCAGUCCGUCUAACCACACCUUUCUGCAGGAUCUGUGGUACAAGGCCCGGUACACCGAGGCGGAGAAGGCGCGGGGGAGACCCCUGGGCGCCGUGGACAAGUAUCGGAUCCGGAGAAAGUACCCUCUCCCAAGGACAAUCUGGGACGGUGAGGAGACUGUAUAUUGUUUCAAGGAGAGGUCCAGGAACGCGCUGAAGGAUCUGUAUAACCAGAAUCGGUACCCCUCUCCAGCAGAGAAAAGGAAUCUCGCCAAGAUUACAGGACUCUCCUUGACCCAGGUCAGCAACUGGUUCAAAAACAGGAGACAGAGAGACAGAAACCCGUCCGAGGCACAGUCAAAAAGUGAAUCCGAUGGAAACCACAGCACAGAGGACGAGUCCAGCAAAGGCCAGGAGGAGUUGUCUCCCCGGCCCCUCUCUAACUCCUCCGACGGGGUGAUCACCCAUGGGACCCUUCCCAUUCAAACGGGGUCUUUGGACAGUGGGGUAGUCAUUCAGCAGAUUGGAGACAUAAAGCUUCCUCCUGGAUCCAGCAGUGGUGGUCUCUACAAUGGCAGUCUAGUAACCAGUAACAACUCCACCGUGUUUCACAAUGGAGGCUCGUCUUACCUCCACACACCCGGAAACAUCCUCUUCAACGGGCUCAAUUUGGGCAUCCAACCCUUAGCCUUCAACCCUCUGAGGUCGUCUGGAGGGGUGCUGCUGGGAGGCUCAGGAGUGGACAUGCAAAUGCAAACAGGGCAGGAGAAGGGACUGAGCAGUUCUGCGGAGGAUUCAGCCCUGCAGUACGCCUCCUACCAGGGCUGUGUGAACGGAGCGGAAGUGAAACUGGAGGGCAUUCACACCAUGGCCGCCCAGAACGGAGGCUCCUCUGUGCUCACCUUCAGCUCCUCAUCAGGGCCACUGCAGCUGGGGGGCUACAGUCUAGUCCAGGUACCGAGCGGAGGAGUCUCUGACAGCGACAGCGGCACAUUACUCAACAGUGAUGUAGGUCUACCUCCUCUGCAACUCUCCUCUGCCUCAACGAUCUCACAACAAGGUUCCAUGCCUCUGAACAAUGUAGCCGUGACUUCCUCUGGUGACAACUCGUUCCAGCAACAGGACAAACUAACCAUGUCGUCGCUCCACCACAACACUGUCCUCUACAACAUGGGCAACCAGAACCACCCCUCCAUUAAGAAGGAGCCUCUGGAAGGGGUCAUCUACUCCUCGUACCACCACGGGCUCCACCUGGACCCCAGCGGCCAGCUCAGCUACACCACCCCCAACUCAGAAGAUGCUCCCUCCAGCCGGGGUCCAGUCUCCACCUCCGAGGUCCCCUCUGUCAACUCGUCCAGCCCGGAACCAGAAGUCUACACCACCCUUACAGUCAGUACACCCCUCAUGGCUCAGACGGACCCCAGUAGCCACCACCUCCAGCCUGCACAGUAUCUCAGGGGUCCCCUGUCCUCACACCUGAUCGGCCCCGGCAUGCACAGCAACUUCAUGAACCUUUCAGAGAACAAGGUCGGGGUGUCAGGAGGCGUGAACGAGAUGGUGCGAGCAAUGUGCGGGGAGAUGGAGGUGGUGGAGGGAAAGGAUCUCGCCAAACUACAAACAGUGCAGAUGGAGGAGGACAUGGCCGACCUUUAACAUCUCUCCUCGCGGAAGCACUCGUGCAAAGAUGCGGUGAAUCUUUCAAAUUUGUGUGAGCGUGUGUUUGUGAGUGUGUGUUUUUUUUUUUUUUUUUACCAUUUAUUUCCUUUAAAUGUUAAAUUAUUUGUGUUCAUUUGACUUUUACAAUGCACUCUAGUCAGAGAGGAGCCCCGUGGGUGGGCUUUAUCAGCUAAUCAUAAAAAUAAAAAAAAAGUCUGUGACAAGUUUUUAAAAAGCCACUCACUUGUAAGAAGAAACAUUACGACUGUUACUUGCUCGCAGGAGAGGAAGUUGCUGUAUGAGUUUGAGCCGUGUUUAAAUGUGCAUUUUUAUAGACAACACCUGCUACUUCCAGUUGAGUGGAUUUGAUCCACAGAAGCAGGUGCUGGAAUGCCUCUUGUCAUGUGACCGGGAUGUUCCUCCAAAACUAAAUGCGUCAUCUGGGUCAAACCAAAAAGGUCAUUCUGUAGGGGGGGGAUAGAGAGAAGGACUGUGUGAAAAUGGUCAGUUAAAGAGCGAGAGCUUUACUCAAGGACUGCACAAAUACACACACACACACACACACACACACACACACACACACACACACACACACACACACACACACAGAGAAAAGGUCAUUAAACACACCCAAAGCUGCUGAUUUAGGAAAAAGUGUCCUUCAGAAAUCAACUUAAAAUCUCUGAACGCCUCUUGAGUUGCUGCAAAACUCUGCUUUCUAUGCUUCAUACAAUACCAAGUUGACUGGUAGCUAAGACUAAUGUGCCUUUCUGCUUCUUAAAAAACACCACAGCAUUGGUCUGUUUCGGCGUUUGCACUACGACAAUGUACAUGUUUCAAUCAUUUGGAGGGUUUGUCAUGUGUCACACACCUCAACAAAUGCCCACUAUUUCAGUAACAACUCAUAUUUCAAGCCUUAUCAUCAAUCAGUGGGAUGAAGAUGUGACUGAAGACAGAAAGGUCUCAUCAUAUGUUGUAUAUACAGCUGCAGCUUAGAGUAUGUUAACUUAGAUGUGAUGACGCUAUUCUAUAUCCUGUUUCAUUUUGACAUGUCUCUCCAAAACGUCACAUUUCAUGGAUGCUAUUUUUCUAUAAAGGGAUUGUGGUCAUUUCUCUUUGCAUGGACACUAGUGCCUUUUACUUUGUGCUUUGUGGGUAACACUGAAAGUAAACCUGUGAUGCCGCUGUUGCUGACGCCGCCAUCACUUCACUGGCACAUUUGGGUGUCAGUGGAAGGAAAGACGAGCGAAUGUGGAGCCCAUUUGUCAAGUGUGUCUGGUGCAUUUCACAACAGGGGCCUAAUUCCUCACUGUCGUACAUGACCAUAAUAGCACAUUUCAGCCUUGCAGCCAACUCAGACGGUGCACAUCUCUCACCAAGUCGAACACAUGGACAUGUAAUACACAAUCCCAUCAAUUUGAAUGGACAGAUCUGUGUAUUCUCAGUGCUUUAAUGUCAGAUACCAAAAAUGAGUCGUGGGAAAAUAGAAGAAC